AUGUCCUGCCGCGUAUUGGUUACUGGGUUAACGCCUGACACCACGCAUGAUGCCUUGCGUGACUUCUUUUCUCGCACCGGAAACGUCGAGGCUGUGGAGCAGGCAGUCAAUGGCACCGAGGCCUAUAUCACCUUUUCCGACCGAGACAGUAUGGAGAUGACCGUGGGAACUUUGAAUGGGGUGGAGUUCAAACCCGGAGUCACUGUGACAGUUGCCGCAGCCCCCCUUUCGCCCUUGCCGACUGCGAACGAAAUUGGAGCAAAAGCCACCACACCGGCUGGUGAUGUUGAUGGCGGUGAAAGGUACGCACAGAGGGAGCGUUAUAGACCCAGUCGAGGAGAGCAGCACCGCGAGGGCAGGUACAACACCAAUGGCCGAAGUACGCCGCCACCGCCACUACCCGCAUACAACACGAGUGGUUCCAUAAAGGAUUUGCGGGAUAUGUACAAGGUAUGCGUGACGAAGCUCUCCUCGCAGACUGUUGAGGAUGAUCUCCGCGUUUUUUUCUCAAAAUGUAUCGCCGGUCAGGGCUACAUCAACGAUCUCUACUUGGAUCAUCGUCGAAAUUAUGCCUUUAUUGGGUUUUCCACUGCUGAGGCUAUGGAGGCGGCUCUGAAGCAAUCCGGGGCGUGGCUGAAGGGCCAGUCGAUCACUAUAGAGCGCAAACGCAUUUUGAAUCGCGCAAAUCGUGUCGUUAUACUUGGACUUCCUUCGGAUUGCACAGAGGAAGCCGUGCGCAUCUUUUUCAGUGGCUGUGGCGAGAUGAGUGACCUUCACCUGGACCCUACCAGGGGCAUGGCCUUUGCGAACUUCACUGACCCUGCCGCCGUCACGGCGGCGGUGGCUAAGACCGGUGAAGAGAUGGGAGGAAGCGUUCUGACUAUCCAACAUCGUGAGUUCAAGACAUGUUUCCACUGUAACCAAGACGGCCAUGUAGCGUUGCACUGUCCCACAAGGGAGAGCAACGCCGGUCUUAUAUGCCACAAGUGCGGCAAACGGGGGCACAAGGCACGGAGCUGCGACUCGAAGCCUCUAACAGGUUCCUACGGGGAGGAAAGGAAAAGGAGGCGACCGGAAGGAGACACGCAUGGUCAUUAUCGGCAAAGGGAGGAUCUCGGAAGUCGUGAUCCUAGGGAUCACCGCCGCCGCUACUUGCAUUCGCGUUCCCGUUCCCGUUCCCGUUCGCGUUCUCGCUCUCGUGACCGUGACCGUGACCGUGACUAUCGCCGGCGACACCAGCAGCGGCGGAGCAGCCAAAGCCGCAGCCGCAGCCGUAGCCCGCAUUCUCAUCAUCGUCAACGGCGCUCAAACCGAAGUCGAAGUCCCGUGCGCUCCUCGCACCGCCACUAA